UUCUCAGUUUCCUGUUUGCCUUAAAUCUCGGAUUUAGCAAAUCCGAGAGUUCAUCGGAUUUACGAGAUUUGGCUAAAUGAGCGCGCGAAAGGUUCCAGUCGCUACUUCCGAUCCAAUAGAAGGGAAUGUCGUCAAAGGAGGUGGAGACGUCGGCUAGGGUGGUCGAUUAGGGCAGUCGGUGGCAGAGGGAGGAAGAGGCGUAUCGGCUAGGGCUUGGUUUCGUCUGGAUGAAGGAGAUGCCGGGUUUGGUCAAAACAGAGGAGAGGCGGACGGGUUGUGGUCGCGGAUUGGAGAGGGGGAACCGGUAAUGGAGGAAGGGAACUCGCUCUUGUGUGGGAAGAUCACGAUCGCAACUUGCGGGAUUUCGAGUGGAGGUAAUGGCGAAUGUCCGAAGUCCUCCCCUCGUCUCUGCCUUAACGAGGACUCGUCGUGCAAGUCGGAGCUCGUCGUCGGCAUGCCGGGUUCGUGGCCGGACGUCCGAACAGGUGUCAACCUUCAUUUUGCAAAAAAUUAUAUUGGAUGAAGUUGGGCUUUAUUAUAUUUGUUCAACUCCGGAUCGUUUUCAUUGUGUGAAUCAAGUUCUUGGAACUAUGGUUGAGUCACUUGUAGAGCAACCAUCGAUCAGGUUGCUGAGACAUAUCAUUCGUUGUUACCUGCGAUUUUCAGAAGAUCGUAGAUACCAAGCUUGCAUUGCUUUGCGGGAAAAACUACCUGUCAGAUUGAAGGAUGGAACUUUCGAAAAUCUUAUUCGUAAUGAUCCAAUUACUGUACAUUGGUUUCAACGGCUACUUAUCAAUCUGUAUGGAGACGUAAGUGUGGGUGGUCCUAAAGGAGGUUUUGGUCAAUAAUCGGAGCUUAACAAGUUCCUGUUUAUCAUUGGUGAAUUUUUUUUUUAAUAUUUUUUUAAGUUAUGCUUUGCUGAUUUAAAAUAAAGUUAUAAUAAUGUUCAGUCUCUCACCCUUUUAUACAAAAAAAAAAAAUGGUGGAAUAGUGGACCUAAGAAUCAUAGUAUUAAUACAUUGUGUUUUCUAAGGAAUAAAUUUUUUUGAAUAGUUUUCUACUUCAUUUGUAGAGAUUGGUCCUUUUUUUUUAAUUUGGAACUUUUGUCCCCAUAUUUAUUUACCCUUCCAAUUUGUGUAUUUUCUUCGUUUUGUUCUGCAUACGCAAUUUGUAAUAUUUUUUGUAAAAUCCCACAAAAAAUCUUGGUAUUUGCUCGGUA